AAUGCUUUUGUAUAAAACCCCGAACUUGAUGCUGAGCUCGUUGGAGCUGCGGCAGAACCUCAGCGGCACCACCUGACCCACCGGCUGCAAGAAGAAACCAGCGGGACAAAAGGAAAGGGAAGCAUCCUGGUCCAAACAGACUUCGACAGGAUGGAGAAAUCCAGCAGCCAGUACGACUCGUUCCUCUUCUGGAGGCAGCCGAUCCCGACCCUCGACCUGUCGGAGUUGGAGGAUCUGGGAUUCACCGCCGGCGUUCCGAUCAGCAUCAGCAAGGCGAAGGGCAAGACGUCCCAGCUGCGCGGACUGGACGACGAGGACAAGGAGCUGUCUGAGUUUUCCUCCUUUAAUUACUGGAGAGCUCCCAUCGCUGAUGUGGACGCUCUGCUGGCUGACCUGAACCUGCUGCCCUGAACCCGCCAGAACCUGAUCAGCCCGACUUCAUCCAGAACCGUCAAUAAUCUGAGACUAGACCUCCUAAUUCUGCAACCAAACUAAAGUUCACCUGAUUAUAUAAGGUUAUUUAUUUACAUCUCAGUUUGUUCAAGUUUAAUUAUUUGGAUUUCACAAACUGCAACACUUAGAAAUACCUCAUAUAUUUAAUCUAAGAUAAAUUAAUUUUAAUCUAUCUGCACAUUUUGGCUUCAGGAUCAAAUGACUUCCUGUCCCAUUUAGUCUGAUUCAUCUGGUAUGAAAUAAGACUUUAACAUCCUGCAGUUUGAUUUUUGUUUUAUGUGUUAACAUUUGUGCCUUUUUUUGUUUUCUUAGGAUCUGCUGUACCAACAGCAAAUUAUUUAUGUUUUUAUUUAUGCAUGUAUUUAUUUAUUUUUGUCACUUGCUGUUGUUGAGCAAGACUGAAACUUCAGAACAGACCUGACACCAGAAAUAAAAUGCUUCUUUUUUUU